AUGUUUAGAACUGUUUUUCAGGCAGCCAGGCUUCAUGCUGUCAAGCCUUUCCCUGCUAGAGUUGCCCUUGCUAGCCCUCGUUUUGCCAGGUUCAUCUCCACAGAAAUUAAAGACGCCAUAGACAAGGCGGUGCUGAGCUCACCAGUGGUUUUGUUCAUGAAGGGAACUCCUGAGUUCCCCCAGUGUGGCUUCUCUAGAGCAACGAUCCAGAUUUUGGGCCAGCAGGGCGUGGAUCCUAACAAGUUUGCUGCUUACAAUGUGUUGGAGGACCCGGAGUUGAGAGAAGGCAUCAAGGAAUACAGCCAGUGGCCUACGAUUCCUCAGCUAUAUGUCAACAGUGAAUUUGUUGGCGGGUGUGACAUUGUCAUGUCCAUGGCCCAGAGCGGCGAGUUGGCCGAUUUGUUGGAGCAGAACGAGUGCUUGGUGCCAGAAGAGGAAGAGGAACCGCUGGAGGCCAACGUCAAGCCUUCAGAGAGAUCGUAA